AUGAUUCAGCUGACAGCUACCCCUGCAAGCACACUCACCGAUGAGCCAGUACACAUCCGAGCUACAGGCCUGUCCCCCUUACAGAUAGUGAUUCUUCAGGCAACACUGAAAGAUGAAAAGGGGAACCUGUUUCAUUCUCAAGCCUACUAUAAGGCCAAUGAAGCUGGUGAGGUAGACCUAGAGCGUGCGCCUUCACUUGGAGGUGACUAUAUAGGAGUCCACCCCAUGGGUCUCUUCUGGUCCCUGAAACCUGAAAAAUUUUUAACUAAAUUGGUGAAAAGAAGUGUGAUGAAUAGCCCCUUCCUGGUCCAGAUAAAACUUCACGACUCAAAUUUGCCACUAGCCCAGAUUGCCUCCACUGCUCCCAAAGUCAGUGUAACUUUGGAGAGGUGGUACACAGCACCGGGUGUUACACGGAUCCAAGUUCACGAAGGCCACCUUCUGGGUUCUGUUUUGUUUUGUUCUGUUUCAGGAGAGGGCCAUUUCCCAGGGGUAAUUGAUUUGUUUGCUGAUAUUGGUGGACUGAUUGAGUACCGGGCCAGUCUCCUGGCCAGUCAUGGCUUUGCUACCCUGGCCUUGGCCUACUGUGACUAUGACGAUCUGCCUUUAUGACCAGAAAAAAUAGAUUUAGAAUAUUUUGAGGAAGCUGUCAACUUUCUCCUGAGACAUCCGAAGGUCCUUGGCCCAGGCAUUGGGAUAGUUUCCAUAAGCAAAGGAGCAGAGAUUGGACUCUCCAUGGCUAUUCACCUAAAACAAGCCACAGCCACUGUGCUUAUUAAUGGGCCUAACUUUGUAUUUAGCACUCCACAGGUAUAUCGUGGUCAGAUACAUCAGCCCUUGUACUUCUCUCCACAAUUGGUAUCCAUCAAUGCCUCAGGGUUAGCACAGUUCCAGUAUUGUUUUGAGGAAGCUAGAAAUGAAGCCAGUGAGACCGCUUUUCCCCCCAUUGAAAAGGCCCAAGGACAUUUCCUCUUCAUCGUGGGAGAAGAUGAUAAGAUUAUCAACAGCAAGGCAUAUGCUGAGCACGCCAAAGAGCAGUUGAGGCGAAAUGGGAAGAACAACUGGACCCUGCUAUCUUACCCCGGAGCAGGCCACAUGUUAGAGCCUCCUUACUCCCCACUGUGCUGUGCCUCAAAGCUCUCCAAACUCCACCUGUUCAUGCCCUGGGGAGGAGAGGUGACCCCACAUGCAGUUGCGCAGGAGCAUUCUUGGAAGGAGAUCCAGAAGUUUCUCAGGAAGCACCUCGUUCCAGCUGUGACUAGUCAACUCUGA